AUGGCGACUACCAGGCUCGUUGUUUGGAGUUGUUUGCAAACGAGAGCUUUCUCCAUGUCCGCAAGCUGUGGAAUGUUCAAGGAUGUGGUGAUUUGUGGUGGUUUGCGAACACCGAUAGGUUCAUUCCGCUCGAAGCUGAGCGAACUACCAGUAACCGGACUGGGUGCAGCAGCAAUUUAUGGAACGCUUGAGAAAGCUGGCAUUAAACCAUCAAUAAUCCAAGAGGCAUUUGUUGGCGUAUCGAUUCCAUCUAAUGCUGGUCCAGCGCCAGCUCGUCAAGCAAUUCUUGGUGCCGGACUGGAUGUUUCAUCAGUUGCGACUGGGAUAAACAAAAUGUGUUCAUCGGGAAUGAAAGCGAUCAUGCUAGCCGCAGAGCAUCUUCAGUUAGGCGCCCAAGAUGUACGAUGCUUCUUUUUCGCCAUCGGUGCUGGUAUGGAGAACAUGAGUAGAGUGCCUUUCUUUCUGAAGCGAGGGGAUAUUCCAUAUGGAGGCAUUAAAAUAGCUGAUGGCAUUGAACAAGAUGUUUUGAUGGAUCCUUAUGCUAAUAUGCAUAUUGGAGCUUGUGCUGAUAAAGUAGCGAAAAAAUAUGGUAUUACACGGGAGGAACAGGACGAUUAUGUGGUUAUCGAUUAUGAUAGAGCGAUUACUGCGUGGAGAGACGGUAUAAUGGCUAAUGAGAUUGUUCCGAUCGAAGUAGAACAGAAUGAACAGACGAUAAUUUUUGACAAAGACGAACAACUUGGCAGAAUUAAUACUCAUGAAGUACCAAUGCUCAAAUCAGCAUUUAGUGAAGAUGGCACAAUUACAAUGGGUAAUAUGGCUGCGAUGGGUGAUGGAGCAGCUGCAGUUAUCAUGGCAAGGGUAAAAGCGGCUGAAGAGCAUCACAUUCCGUCCAUAGCUCGAAUCUUAUCAGUUGCUGAUGCUGCCACAGAUCCUGACGAAUUUGCUGUUGCACCAGCUCUGGUCAUUCCUAGGGUUCUUGAGAUGGCUGGAUUGAGCAUAAACGAUAUCGAUCUCUUUGAAAUUCAUGAUCAAUUCGCAAUCAUACCCCUUCUGACCAUAAGACAUUUCGAAUUAGAUCCCGAUAAGGUCAACGCUCAUGGUGGAUCAAUCUCCUUUGCACAUCCAAUUGGCAUGUCCGGUGCCCGACUUAUCGUUCAUCUGCUGAAUGUACUAAGGCCUGGCCAGAAAGGCUUAGCGGCAAUUUGCAACGGAGGAGGGGGCGCAGCUGGAAUGAUCAUCGAAAGAUUAUAG